UCGGGCCCGUUUGUUCAGACAGAACGCUGCUCUCUGCCAUCGCCAGCUCCCUGCACACCAGCCCCGUGCCCAUCACCGGGCAGCUGACCGCUGCUGUGGAGAAGAACCCCGGCGUGUGGCUGAACACGGCGCAGCCGCUCUGCAAAGCCUUCGUAGUGACGGAUGACGACAUCAGGAAACAGGAAGACUUGGUGCAGAGUGUGAGGAGACGGCUGGAGGAAGCCCUGAUGGCCGACUCUCUGGCUAAUGUGGAGUACGCUGCUCCUGACGCGUCAGAGGACAAAGAUGAGGAGAAGACUGAGCAGGUGGACAAGGAGAAUUUAUAGUCCAGGUUUUGACAUGAUGUGUACUGAUAAAGUUUUUCACCUUUUUUUUUUUCCACGCGGAGGAUUUCAUACACACCUAAGGAAUUGGUCUUAAAACAAAGACGUUCUACAGAUUUCCAUAACCUCAACAGUUUUUGUUUGUUUUUGUUAAAGUGGUUGUGUAAUCCUGAAAGGGUGCUUCAAGUUUCUGUUUACCUCUACUAAUGCAUGGCAGCUGUGGAUGGUGCUUAGUACAAGGCAGUGUUACUUUAAGUAAAUGACUGUUUCAAUUCAAUGCUGAAGGUGCAAACCAUAUGUAUGUGAAGGUCUUUGUGUAUUAUAAUGUUCCAGUUGGUUCUGAGAAGUGUGUAUAUUUUUUAAAUUGUUAUCCCAGAACGUGUUUCUGUAUCUUCUGCCGACACUGUAAGUGGUGUUUGAAACACAGAGAAAAUCUGCAGUAUUUUUAUAUAUGUGCACGGCACUCUUGUGAUGGUGAAAAAGGUUUUUCAGUUGGAUCCGUACAGUGUGGUUGUGUUUUUUUUGUUUGUUUUUUCUAUCUCUCAUGAUAAGCUGUUGUUUUUGUUUUCAUGUUAAGAGUGUUCUGUUUCUUGAAGUUUAAAUUGUUUCAGAAAAAAAGUGUGCAUCCAACUAUGUACCACUGUCACUGAAAAAUAAAUGGAGCUUCUUAAAGUUUUA